CGCGGGCAGCGCCGAGGGCGCCCGCAGGCGGCGGCGCGCGAGGACCCCUCGGUGGCGCCAUUUUGGAGUGGCAGCGGCGGCGGCGGCUCCGUGCCCGGUGCCCCGCUCGGUGCUUCGCUCGGUUGUCCUCCCGUCCCUCCCGCUCCGCCGGCAGCAUGAGCGUGGUGGAGCACGUGCGCGAGAUGGCGGCCGCCGGGCUGCACUCGAACGUGCGGCUGCUCAGCGGGCUGCUCCUCACCAUGAGCGGCAACAACCCGGAACUGUUUUCACCAUCUCAGAAGUACCAGCUCCUUGUUUAUCAUGCAGACUCUCUGUUCCAUGACAAGGAAUAUAGGAAUGCUGUCAGUAAGUACACGAUGGCCUUGCAGCAGAAAAAAGCCUUAAGUAAAACUUCCAAAGUAAGACCUUCCACUGGGAAUGCUACAUCAACACCCCAAAGCCAGUGCUUACCAUCAGAAAUUGAAGUGAAAUACAAAAUGGCUGAAUGUUACACAAUGCUGAAGCAAGAUAAAGAUGCCAUUGCCAUUCUUGAUGGGAUUCCUUCCAGACAGAGGACCCCAAAGAUCAAUAUGAUGUUGGCAAAUCUCUACAAGAAGGCAGGUCAGGAGCGCUCCUCUGUGACGAGCUACAAAGAAGUGCUGAGGCAGUGCCCUCUGGCACUGGAUGCCAUCCUGGGCUUGCUGUCACUGUCAGUGAAAGGAGCAGAAGUGGCCUCCAUGACCAUCAACAUAAUCCAGAGCAUUCCCAACUUGGACUGGCUUUCCGUGUGGAUCAAGGCAUAUGCCUUUGUGCAUACAGGAGAUAACACAAGAGCAAUAAACACCAUUUGCUCUUUGGAGAAGAAGUCCUUGCUGAGGGAUAACGUGGACUUGCUGGGGAGCUUAGCAGACCUGUACUUCAGAGCUGGAGAUAAUAAAAACUCUAUCCUAAAAUUUGAACAAGCACAAAUGCUGGAUCCUUACCUAAUAAAAGGGAUGGAUGUGUAUGGUUAUUUAUUGGCACGUGAAGGUCGGCUCGAGGAUGUGGAGAACUUGGGCUGCCGCCUCUUCAAUAUUUCUGACCAGCAUGCAGAACCCUGGGUGGUGUCUGGGUGUCACAGUUUCUACAGCAAACGCUACUCCCGUGCCUUGUACUUGGGAGCCAAAGCCAUCCAGCUGAACAGCAACAGUGUCCAGGCCCUGCUCCUGAAAGGAGCCGCCCUGCGGAACAUGGGCCGGGUGCAGGAAGCCAUCAUCCACUUCCGAGAGGCCAUUCGGCUCGCGCCCUGCAGGCUGGACUGCUACGAGGGUCUCAUCGAGUGUUACCUGGCAUCCAACAGCAUCCGUGAAGCCAUGGUGAUGGCAAACAAUGUGUACAAAACUCUGGGAGCAAAUGCACAGACACUCACCCUGCUGGCAACUGUCUGCCUGGAGGACCCCGUCACACAGGAAAAAGCAAAAACCUUACUGGACAAAGCACUAACACAAAGGCCUGAUUACAUUAAAGCUGUGGUAAAGAAAGCAGAACUUCUUAGUAGAGAGCAGAAGUAUGAAGAUGGAAUUGCUUUGCUGAGGAAUGCACUGGCCAAUCAGAGUGACUGUGUGCUGCACCGGAUCCUGGGAGACUUCCUGGUGGCUGUCAAUGAGUACCAGGAAGCAAUGGACCAGUACAGUAUAGCCCUGAGUUUGGAUCCAAACGAUCAGAAGUCACUAGAAGGACUGCAGAAAAUGGAAAAAGAGGAAAGUCCAACAGAUGCUACCCAGGAAGAAGAUGUGGAUGACAUGGAGGGAAGUGGAGAAGAAGGAGACUUGGAAGGCAGUGACAGUGAAGCAGCUCAGUGGGCAGAUCAAGAACAGUGGUUUGGGAUGCAAUAAAGGUCUCACCUGCUGCUUGUUCUGGCACUUGAACACACCACUAGGGCCAUUCUUCUUAGAAGAACAGAAACUAUGAUUUUUUUGCAGUAACAAAGGCCCUUUUUUGUUUGGGUUUUUUUUUAAUAGACUCUGAAACCAUUUAAUACUCCUGUACAUCUCAGUACCAUGAAGAUUCUCGAUGCUUCUUAUUUAUUAAGUAUAAGGGACUAACUGCAUCCACGGUUAUUUGCAACUUUCAUUUUGAAAAAUUCCUGCUAAAAGUAAAACCAUCAGAAUCUGAGGUGUGUAAUGAGCCUGUUGGGAUGAAAACAAUGUCUGAGUUCUGUCCAGGGCUGUGUGUGCUUGGAGCUGUAAAUACAGGGGUUUGUACUCCUUGGUGGGAAGGGUCUUACUCUCGUUUGUGUGCUCCUGUUUCAGCUCGUGCUCCUGUUGAAAGUCUGGGGCAGUUGCUUGGAUGUGACUCAAAGCAGCACUUUUCUCUUGCUGUGUUUGUUGAAUUAAUUUGUCUUUUUCCAGGGCAUUACCUGUGCUGUCCAGGAGAAGUUUGGGACAAUAGGCAACUUGGACUUACAGGACAUUUUUUGUAGCUGACUGAUUUCUCUGUGUACAGAGUUGAGCCAAUGGUGGAGAAUUAAAGUGAUUUCCUCAGUCCUUACUAAACCCUGUAAUCACUUAAAGUCUGUACAUGAGCAUUUAUUUUAAAAUGAAGUUUAGUUUUAUUUCA